AUGUAUCCACAUCUUCAAGGUAAUACUGUUAGUUAUCAACAACAACAACCACAACAACCAUAUGAGAAGAGUUCUGCUCCUCUUCUCUAUCAACAAGAAUCACUUAUUCAUUCGGAUAUUGAUUCGAAUAUUGUUUCCUCCUCACCACCUCAACAUGCUUACAAUGCAAAUGAUGAAAAUCCCAAGACAACCAAAGUCAUUGCAAUUGGCUCCAUUCUUUUAUUCAUUGGAACUGCAAUUAUUACCAUGUUUCUUCUUGCAGAUUUAAUUGCUGGAGCAAUUUAUUAUUCAUCAUCAACUUAUCCGAAUGGAAGUCCACACAAUGCACCUGCUGUCAGUUUUGUGAAAUUCCCAUUGUUGGCAUUGAAUGCAAUCUUGUUGAUUUUGAGUGGUGUUUUUGGAGUUUUAUCCACCAAACAAAAUUCAACCAAAACUGCAAGAUUUUCAUUGUUGCAUGUUGUUUUUCUAAGUUUGGGAAUGUUGGUUUUCGUAUGGGAAUUUAUAUUUAUUUAUGUUUCCUUCUUCACAACUGGAUAUAAUUUCAUCCCCAAUUCACAUGGUCGUUACUUUCUUCCAUUCUUGAUCAUAUUUUCUAUAUUUGCAUGCAUUGGAGUUAUUUGUUGUACUGUUUGUUGUGUUUCUGGUGUUGUAAGAUUGAGAAAUAUUGAUUCAAAUAUUAAGGAAGUUAGUGUUUGA